AAGUGACCGGAAGAGACAAGGUUUUGUUGAAGAACCAAACCUCAGAUAAAUAAAGAAGCAUGAGUGAAAUCAGUGAUUUAGACAGACAAAUAGAGCAACUCAGAAGAUGUGAAAUAAUUAAAGAGAGUGAAGUGAAAGCAUUAUGUGCCAAAGCCAGAGAAAUUUUAGUAGAAGAAAGUAAUGUACAGCGUGUAGAUUCUCCUGUAACGGUGUGUGGUGAUAUACAUGGACAGUUUUAUGAUUUAAAAGAAUUAUUUAAAGUUGGUGGAGAUGUUCCGGACACAAAUUAUCUAUUUAUUGGAGAUUUUGUAGAUAGAGGAUUUUACAGUGUAGAAACAUUUUUAUUAUUAUUAGCAUUAAAAGUUAGAUAUCCAGAUAGAAUAACAUUAAUUCGUGGCAAUCAUGAAAGUAGACAAAUCACACAAGUUUAUGGUUUUUAUGAUGAAUGUUUGCGGAAAUACGGGUCAAUAACAGUAUGGAGAUAUUGUACAGAAAUAUUUGAUUACUUAAGUCUUUCAGCAAUUAUAGAUGGAAAGAUAUUUUGUGUACAUGGUGGGUUAUCUCCCUCUAUACAGACAUUGGAUCAAAUCCGUGCAAUAGACAGGAAACAGGAAGUACCACAUGAUGGUCCAAUGUGUGAUUUAUUAUGGUCAGAUCCAGAAGAUAUGCAGGGUUGGGGAGUGAGUCCUCGAGGAGCAGGUUAUUUAUUUGGUUCAGAUGUUGCAGCACAGUUUAAUGAAGCUAACCAUAUAGAUUUAAUAUGUAGAGCACAUCAGUUAGUAAUGGAGGGUUACAAAUGGCAUUUUAAUGAAACAGUAUUAACUGUAUGGUCAGCACCUAAUUAUUGCUACAGAUGUGGUAAUGUAGCAGCAAUUUUAGAAUUAGACGAACAUUUACAAAGAGAUUUUACAAUAUUUGAAGCUGCACCACAGGAAUCUAGGGGAAUACCAAGUAAGAAACCACAGCCAGAUUAUUUCUUGUAAAGAAUAUUAAUGACAGAGAUAUGGGAACAACUAAACUGGAUCAAUUUGUUUUUAAGGGUCGUAGAUAUAACAGGGGUAUACCAUUCUGUUACAUGAGGAAUUUUAGGACAUUAUCAUACUCAUUAAUCAGAGGUUUUUACACUUCAGUUUUUCAUACACAACAUUUUCAAAAGAAAUCAAGAGCAGUGAAUUAUAUUGCAAGUAAACAUAGUUUUUUUUUUUGAGUUAUAAAUUGUAUCUAUAGAAAAUUGUACUUUAAAACUUAAUUUCAGUUUACAGACAAUGUACAUUUAAAUAUAUGUAGUGUUUUUUUUUUUUUUUUUAUGUAUAUAGCAAUUCAUCAAUACCAUCAAAGCAAUAAGAAAAAAAUAAGUACAUCAGGGCUUUCCUUUUGAGUAAGAUGGAUGGCAAUUUACUGUGUUAGACAUUGCAUUCUUGAUAGAAGAAAAAUGUACAACACUAAAAAUAAUAAUUCUUUUAAACAUACAAUCCUGGAAAUGUCACACACUAUCCUUCUGUUUCAAUAUACAAUAUAUUUUGAAUAAUUGCAUUAAACUAUGAGUCUUGUUUGACAGGAUGUAAAUUCAAUUAUUCUAAAGUGUGUUAUACAUAUAAAUAUGAUAUCAACUUCUUAAUGUGGUUCAUUAGAAAUUUCUGUCAUGCAAUUGUGGAAAUUAAUCCCUUCUACUAUCCUCUCAUGGUGGCAAAUUAUUGUUGUUUAUAGUAACAGGAUUUCACUUUACAGUGGAAUGCACUUGCAUAAGGCCACAGAUAAAAUACAUAAACAACAUCAAUGUGCUUUUUUCAGUUAUUUGGCAUUUACAAUUUUUUGUAGCCCUCCACUAUGUGGCACCCAUAUAACCAUCUUCCUACAUGUGAAGUUGACAAGUCAUAAAUGUACAAAGUCCUGAUUUAUUUAAGUAGGUUUUGUACAAUAAUCAAGUACCAAAAUGAUAUUGAGAGUAAUUUAUUGAACGGAUUUAUACUGUUGGAGCCAUUCAUAGUUUUUACUCAGUAAAGACUAUUUCAUACUAGAUGUUCUUAAAUGAAUGGUACAGCAGAAUUAUGAAGAAGCUAUUUAGCAUGCAACUCGAUGCCAAAGUCCCCUUAAAUAUUUUCAAAUGAAUAUUCAUUGUUUACAUAUUUUUUUUUUUUUUUUUUUUUAAUUCUGUACAUGGUUAUACAAGUGUCUCAUAUUUAAGAUCUACCGUCACUGCACUUGUUUAGUUAACAUACAAGUCAGCAUCGUUUCCCUCUCAUUGUGUACAAAUGCUAAUCUUGUAACUGAUGUAAAUUACGUUUGACUUCUUGAUAUUAUGUUCAUUUUUCCACUUCUUGUAUUGUGUUAUUUUAUGUAUGCAAUAUCUGUUAUACAUGUAUAUUGUUUUGAUGCAGCAUUAUGAUCUGGUGUUAUUUUAUAAGGAGUCAAGUGCUAUUCAAUCAUUUUAUCCAAUUUCCAAAUUGCCACUGUACUUUAAACAAACAACAAUCAAUCAAUCAAAUUUCCUUGAGAUAGGAAACAUUGUAUUUUUGCAGUAUGGUAGAGUGCUCAUCUAUUGUUGGGAGGGGGGAUAAGUUACAAAUCUCCCUUGAGGUAUGAAAUAGCGACUUGGCUGUGUGUCAGUAGUAGGAGUAUUUAUUACUAUUGUUCAUUAAUUGUAAUAGCUGUCUAUAUGAUAUUAUAUAUCAUUAGAUUUGAAUGAAUAAAUAAAUAAGACUUUUCUUUACAUUUUCUUCACAAAUAUGCAGACUGCAGAAAAUAUUUUUUUGUAUUUGAAUUUGGGGGGUGCGGAAUUAUUAAAUUUAAGUGAAGCUUGAUCAAGGUAUUGUUGAUUUGACAAUAUCAACAUAUUCAAUAAAUUUCCAUUCCAAGCUUUAAUUACCCUCUCAUUACCUGACAAAUUAUUUGUUUCUGGAACUCAUUACCUGACAAAUUAUUUGUGUCUGGAAGUUAAAAUAAGUUAAGAAGUUGAUAUAUUAGAAAGCCAUAAUGAUCAUUUAUGUAUAAAAUCAUUUUUAUCUUGCAGAUAUAAACUUUUACUUUUUUACUGAUUUUAUAUAAAGAUAUAAAUAGUGCUAUCAUCUUUGUAAAUAAACAUCCCAUUUAAAUUUUAUGUAUUGAAUAAUCUGAAUCUGUAAUAGGUUAAUAGUAAUUCUCUCAUUUGCAAAAGUAAUGACAAAAUCGAAGAAUAAUUGAAGAGAUUUAUAUCAUUUCAGUUCUCCUGUUUUGGGGGAUUUUUUUGUAUUGCGUAGAAUUACUUUUUAAGACCAUAUAACGCCUUCCAGACUUAAUAAUUGUAAGGAAUGUGAAAAUACGACUUGUAUCCUUGGAACUUACAAUUUGUCUUAGUUUUACUAAUAAGUGAAUCUACACAUUGAUAUUACUUAUCAAUUGUAUUAUGGAAAAUCCUUAAUGCUAUAAUAAGUUCUGACUUGGUAUUUUACAUUGUUACUCUGUUGUGCAGAGUUAUCAGUUAUAUGUGUGAGUUGGAUGACCUUUAGAAAAUAUAUGUAAAGAGAAAUCAAGUGAUAAUUGCACUAGUCACAAAAAAUAGUUAUAUCCAAAAGUGUGACACUUGUGUGUGAUAUAUGAACAUAAAGUAUGUAGUAUAGAGGUUGUAAAAGUGUGACCAAAAAUAUCACAAAAUUUAGGAUUUUGUCAUUGUAAAUCUAUUCAUUGAUUUUGACGAUUGAGUCAUUUGAUUUUAAUAUUAAAUUAUUUAAACAUA